GCUUGGCGGGAAGGCCAGGGGAAAGGACCGAGGAAGAUGGAGGCAGGAGAGGGGGAUGAUGCGAUAGCGCCCGCUGGGCCCUUCGAACAGACCGCUGGAGCGCCCCAAGAGCCGAAGCCCCCUCCUCUACAGGGCCCUCAGCGGUUACUGAUCUUUAAUACCCUGAUGGACAAGUUCCUGGAGGGGCUGGUGGAGGCGGGCAGUUACCAGCGGUUUGCGCGCUGUUACCGGCGGUUCUAUAAGGUGCAGCCAGAGAUCACGCGGAGCAUCUACGACCAGUUUGUGUCCCAGCUCCAGGAGUCUAUCAAGGAUGAGAUUCAGGAAAUAAAGAAUGAAGGUAAUCUGGAGGAGCUGCUGGACUCCCUCGAUAGGAUGGAAAUGGAGGCAGGAGACGUGAGCGCCCUGGCCUGGCGUCCUAGUGGGAUUCCAGAGGAGGACCUGCGCAGCCACUUGGUGCCGUACCUCCUGCAGCAGCGGGAGUACCUGAGGAAGGGACUGAAGGAGCGCACAGAGGAGAACGCCAAGCUGGCGCAAUCGGUGCUGGCGGGGAGGAAGAAGAUCCAGGACAUGCAGCAAGAGAUUGAGAAGAGGAAGCUGGCCUGGCUGGAGUUGAGUAAAGCUCAGAGGGAACUCGUUCUGUCCAUCGAAACGCCCAAGUGACGAGCAGCGGCGAUGACAUCAUAUUCCGCGUACGCACCGCCGCCCGGGCCCUAUACAGAUCAGGGCCAGACUCCCGGGGGGCCCCGCCGCACUUUGAUGUCGACUUGGGAGCGGACCUGGGCAUUAAGCAGUGCUGGGGAGCUCCACGUGGCUGAGCGCCUUUUUUUUACAUGGAAAAAUAAUUUUCUUUUUAAUAAUAAAUGUUAUGUUGCAGUGUGAA